GCUGGGCCCCCGCGACUGAGCGCCGUUCGCUGGGGAGGCAGGGCCGGGCCGGGCCCGUGGACCAGAAGGAAGGCAGGAUGUUCCAGUCAGUGAUGUCUGUGAGAUUCUCCGCGUCUGACAACAUCACGCAUUCGACUGCCCUGGUGACAGCACUGGAUAAUGUGACAACUUUGUCCCCGACAACAACGCAGGCAAUUAAUGACACCAACAUCACUGUGCCGCACAAGUGCCUGUUGUUGCUCUAUGAGGACAUUGGGAAGUCCAGAGUCCGCUACUGGGAUCUUCUGCUCCUGGUUCCCAAUGUGCUUUUCUUUAUGUUUCUUCUCUGGAAGCUACCCUCUGCCAGGGCCAAAAUCCGGGUCACUUCCAGCCCAAUCUUCACUACAUUCUACAUACUAGUAUUUGUGGUGGCUUUAGUUGGUAUUGCCCGUGCUGUUGUCUCCAUGACUGUGAGUGCCUCUGAUGCUGCCACAGUUGCUGAUAAGAUCCUGUGGGAGAUCACAAGGUUCUUCCUUCUGGCGAUUGAACUCAGUGUGGUGAUUCUAGGCCUUGCCUUUGGUCACCUGGAGAGCAAGUCGAGUGUGAAACGUGUUCUGGCAAUUACUACAGUCCUGUCUCUGGCAUAUUCUGUCACCCAGGGCACUCUGGAAAUCCUGUACCCUGAUGCCCACCUCUCAGCAGAAGACUUCAAUAUCUAUGGCCAUGGAGGGAGACACUUCUGGCUUGCCAGCUCCUGUUUCUUCUUUCUGGUCUAUUCCUUGGUGGUGAUUCUUCCAAAAACUCCUUUGAAAGACCGGAUUUCUUUGCCCUCCAGGAAGAGUUUUUAUGUUUAUGCUGGAAUCCUGGCGCUGCUGAACCUGGUGCAGGGCCUGGGCAGUGCCCUCCUCUGUGUGGAUAUCAUAGAAGGACUAUGCUGUGUUGAUGCUACCACGUUCCUUUACUUCAGCUUCUUUGCACCUCUCAUCUAUGUGGCAUUCCUGAAAGGCUUCUUUGGGUCUGAACCGAAGAUCCUUUUCUCCUACAAAUGUCAGGUGGAUGAACCUGAGGAUGUGGAUGUGCACCUACCCCACCCUUAUGCCGUUGCCAAGAAGGAAGGAAUGGAUUCUGGGUUCUACUCGAGCACUCAGAUUGACACCACAGCCUACCUGGAUGAUGUGGCCUCUAUGCCGUAUCAUGUGGGCAGCAUCAACAGCAUGGACAGUGACCGCUGGAAAGCCAUCAAUGCCUAAGGCAGAGCUACCCACUUCAUAUGAUGCCUCCUUACUUUCCUUCCAAACUCCCUGAUACCACAGCUGUUAGGAUGUCCAUUGGAAAUCUGUCCUUGGCUAUCUGCCAUGGCUUUCCUCUCUUCCUUAGGAUUUCCGAAACCUAUUGUGGAAUUAAGUUGGCAGCCCAAAUCCUGUUGGAAAGAACAUUUUCUGUCGCUACCUGAGAACAAUGUAGAACAGUUUUGUUCAUAAACGUAUAAACACUGAAUCUUCCUGAUCCUCCAUGUUCCAGAUGUGAAUGUGACCCAGAAGACAGGCUUGACUGGCACCUCUUUCUUUUCAAUGACUGAAAGCACUUGUCUGCCAAUUAGGGGAAUGGCGUUUAGGGAUGACGGUCUUGAUUUAACUGCUGUAUUGUACAUAUAUAGAAAGAGUUUGGUGGUUGAAACCAAAGAUAGUCUUCCUGGGCUUUUUCAAGCAGCAUGGUUGCCUGGGUCUUGUUAUAAUGCGACAGCAUAGGUGGUGACAGCAGUGUCUGAAGAGCGAAGCUGGUCAGCUGGGCUCAUCUCUGGUUUCAGCUAAUACUGUUGAAAAUCAUAAACUGCAAUUGCUAGGGGUUAAAAGGAGUGUUCCGAGUGUGUGGGGAGGAGAAGAGAGGUAUGAAGAGGAAUGAACUGUUCUUUGUGCCCUGGGAGCAUUUUGGGGGGCUAGUAGCUAGCAGUAUGGAUGUGAACUGACUGAACAAUAGGGAGGCAGAAGGACAGACAGUGCUGCUGUCUAGCUGAGCUGAAAUAGCUGUGAAACAGUCUAUGGAGGCUGUACGACUGUGCAUCUGAGCUCACAGGAAAAUCUAAGUAACAACACUGAAUCAGGGCUGAGUUUCAAGAAUAAAACCUGUGAGGUAGGUGCAUUCUCCAUCUGCACCCUGCUUCAUGGCUAUGGCUCUGGCAGGGUCUUGGUGAGUGCUGUGAAGGAGGAAGCUGACUCUGCAGAUGAAGGCUCCAGAGACGCUCAGGUGCUUGAGGCAGAGCAGAAGCCCAUGAUGAGUCCGAGCUGUCAGUAUUUAGUGACUGGAACCUCUCAAACACCAUAGGCAUGCUAGAAUCAAGCUGGCUGGUGUUCUAAGUUGGGAGGCAAGUGGGAGAUGGAUGGGUUUCUCUGGCAGUGUCCUUCUCUUACGUUUCAGUUCAGAUCCCCAGACUUCUGCUAGACUGAAUAGGUUUUAUGGCUCAAUAGUUUGAAGAUACUUAAUGUGCAUGUGGAGUGUGAUGCAUUUAAAGACUAUCUGGAACUUCUUAUUAACCUCUUCUGUGCCGGAAAAGGGACUACUGUUGUCCAAGCUGUCUGGCAUGUGGUUUCAAGGGCUUGUGUUCCAGUCCAGGGACUGUUCAGCCGAAAGCUGCAUCAGGCUGGUUUCUGGGACAUACUGUGCUCUCCAAGGAUGAAGAGGUGUAUUCCUCUAGCUUAGGGGGUGCUUUCCUACCUGAGUCCUCCAGGUAGGUGGAAGUCUGCUAUAAGCAAUAGCAACUUUCCAGUAAGGAUGAUAGAAAGAGGGAAUUUGAAACAUUUGGGGACUGUGUGAAUCUUUGCCCCAACUCACUGCUGUUCCUGAAGAAUAUUGAAGUAAGAGUUUCUGGGAAGUAGUCAUGCAGGGUGCAGCGUGGAGGUGUUAGUUUGGAUCAUGAGCAGGUAGAGGAAAGCAUUUGCUACCAGGUGUUCCCACCAUAGGGAAAGAAAGUUCGGGUAAGAACACGAAGUUCAAAUUGGUUGCCAAAACUAUGCAGGCCCUUUGCUUAUCUUUUUUUGUUAAUGAGCAAUGCAGCCUCUCUGUUCCGCCUGCGGACUUUGCCCUGCAGGUGUCUAAGUAGCACUGGCACCUUGAAAACAAA